GGAAACAGUAUCAAGUAAUGUCAGUGGCAUGAGAAGCGUCGUAAGAAGACGAGCUCAGAAUGAUAGUGCUCUUGGUUUUUUUACUCUUCGUCAAGCUUGUUACUUCUGCGGAUGAUCGGUUUUUUUGCCACACGUGUGAUUCUUCAACCUACAAGGAGUGUGUCUGGACGCCUUCCACCUCUCUCACGAAAGACUGUGAAGUGGGUGAUCAUGCUUGCGCAACUGUUAUCCUACCCAACGGUCACACCUAUCGCGGAUGCUCACGGGACGAGCAAUGUGUCGCCGCAGGGCAGAAGUGUGUUCUGUGUGACCGUUUCUCUGGCUGCAAUGUCGAUCGCUAUCCAUCUGAUCGCCUACGGUGCAACAUCUGUCAGUCAAGUCAAUCAAACUCCUGCAAGCUGUUACCCUAUCCGAGACAGUUUGAGAAACCCUGCAUUCGGUUCGUAGCAGACGAUCGUUGUAUAAGUGUGUUCGAUGGUUUCAAUGUGUCCUAUCGAGAUUGUUUGUCAGCAGUGCGCGAGGAGGACUUGCAGAAGUGUACUGAAUCCGGCACUUCUGUUGAGUGUGUGGGCUGUGAUAGAUGGAAUUGCAAUACCGUCACAGUUCGCCAAGAUGAUCGAUGUUUACAGUGUACCUCCAACAUGACACACUGCUCCAGUGGAGCAAGAACAGCAACGGUGUGUGGUAAGCCUUCCGAAGGAAGCUGUUACUCAAGAGUGAACGAGGAUGGAUAUUUAAUUCGUGGUUGCUUGUCAGACAUUCUGGAGCUAGCGUUGAAGACAAGCUGCGAAAAAGGAGACGGCGAUUGUGUUGCUUGCGCUGGUCCUGAAUGUAAUGCGCAGUUUCUUCCGAAGAACACGCUUAGUUGUGUACAGUGUGAUUCCCGGAAGCAGCUCAACUGCGCUCAAGAGCAACGGGAUGACCGCAGUGUGCAGUAUUGCAGGCGGCAUGUACAGGACGAUCGUUGUUAUGUACGAACCAACACCGAUGGAAGUCUUCAGCGGGGCUGUCUGUCCGAUUUAGCAAAUCAAACGUUGUGUGAUGCAAGCAAAGCUUCUGAGGCCUGUGAAACAUGCAGUGGUAAUGACUGUAACCGGUAUGUGUAUCCCACGAACAGACUAUCGUGUUAUCAAUGUAGUAGUGGGAAUUCUUUGAACUGCGAUGCAGAACAGCAACUGGGAGAGUUGUUAAAGUGUCGAUAUCAUACGGAGAAGAAUGGAUGUUAUGCCCGAGUCUAUCAAGAUCAAGUCGUUAGAGGAUGUAUUUCGGAUCUGGGAAACGAUACUACUCCUUGCAAAGGAUGGAAUAGCUCAGAGUGUCACACCUGCUACGAAGAUGGCUGCAACAACCGGUCAAAGCUCGCUCUGCGUAACUCUGGCGAAAGUCUGAAGACAAAGAGGUGCAUAUUCCUUUGGUUUGUAGCACUCCAUUUAUUGAUAGUCUUCGGAUAG